AUGGAUGUGCCUGCUGCUGCGAACGUGCUUGGGACCUUAGGCGCUGUCUGCUGGUCCAUCCAAUUGGUGCCCCAAAUCAUCAUCAACUAUCGCCGGCACAAUGCCAUUGGGUUACAGCCUACGAUGAUGAUGCUCUGGGCUUGGGCUGGAGUACCACUAGGUGUCUACAAUAUCGUCGAAGAUUUCAACAUUGCUCUGCGCAUCCAGCCUCAGAUCCUCACCGUGUUGAGCUUGGUGACAUGGAUCCAAUGCUACUACUAUGAAAAGGACUGGUCUGUCUUUCGCUCACUCACCCUCGUCGUUCCCGUUGCCUGCCUCAUGGGUGGCGUGCAAGCCGCUCUCAUCGUUGCUUCGCGCCAUGCAAGAGAAAGAGACCUGGAAUGGCCCUUGAUUCUGAUGGCUGUCCUUGCUGCAACCUUGCUUGCGGCAGGUGUGGGGAGUCACUACUUGGACAUCUACCGUCACCGUACGGUGCGAGGCAUCUCCUUCAUCUUUGUAGGACUCGAUGCUCUGGGAGACCUGACCUCAUUGCUCUCUGUCAUCUUCCACAGCAAGCUCGACAUCCUGGGCAUGAUCAUCUACGCGACGGAGCUGGUGCUUUGGAUUGGUAUCUUUGCUUGCGGCGCAUACUACAACCUGAUACCUUGGCUGAAAGAGAAGCAUGGCAAGAACGGUGUAUCAAGGACAAGCGAUGGGUCACAGACUGGUGAAAGGGCUACCGAGACGGCAAACACCUCAGGCAUUGCGCUGCACGAUCUGCCAUCCAGCACUUCAGUAUUCAGAACCACCUCUGCAGAGAUCGAUGUGUAUCGACAGCGCAGCGUGAGCACCAGGAUAAGCGGUGUGGCUCAUCUACCAUCAAGAGUUGCGUAGGUGAAUGGGAGAUGAUUGUAC